AUGCCAAUCAACCUUCCAUCGAACAACAUAAAAUUUACCAACGUAUCGGUUGUGCGUUUACGUCGCGGUGGAAAACGGUUCGAGAUUGCAUGCUACAAAAACAAGGUGCGCGAAUGGAGGACAGGCGUCGAAAAAGACCUUGAUGAGGUCGUGCAAAUCGAAACUAUUUUUCUAAACGUCGGCAAGGGUCAAGCGGCGUCGAAUGAGGACCUAACAAAAGCAUUUGGAAAUAUGGACGUGCAAGAGAUUUUGCGCGAGAUUCUCCAGAAAGGCGAGCUGCAGGUCGGCGAUAAAGAGCGGUCGCACGAGCUGACCAACCUGUGGCGUGAAAUCGCGACGCAGGUCGCGCAGAUUUGCGUCGAACCGAGCUCGCAGAAGCCAUACACAUUCGGUAUGAUUGAGAAGGCGAUGAAGGAUGUGCAUUACAGCGUCAAGACCGGCAAGUCGGCAAAGAGCCAAGCACUCGAUGUCCUCAAGUUACUGCAGGCGAAAAAUACCAUCCCAAUCGAGCGUGUCCGCAUGCAUGUGCGCGUAACGAUGCCACCGAAAGAUGGCAAACGUCUCAAGGAUAAAAUCGUGCCUCUAUUUGAGCAUAUUGAGGACGAAGACUAUGGGGACGAGUGGGAGUUGGUUGGCACCAUUGAGCCUGGCACGCUGCGACAGAUCCAUACCUUGAUCGAGACGGAAGCAAAGGGGAACGGUGGCGUUGAAACACUCUCCUUCACGGCGAUGAGCGACGAUGAAGGCGAAGAGUGGUAA